GGAUUUUAAAAUACUUUUUAUUUUAGGUCAAACAUACGACCAGAUUAUGCAGACACAAGCUUUCAUGAGUUCAAAAUGCAUACUUUCAGUCGUGUGACAUCUUGCAAAGUCUGUCAAAUGCUUCUUAGGGGAACAUUUUAUCAAGGCUAUUUAUGCUCUAAGUGUGGAGCUGGAGCGCACAAAGAAUGUUUAGGAAGAUUAGACAAUUGUGGCAGAGCUAAUUCAGGUGAGCAUGGGAACCUGAAACAUGAGAAACGAACGAAUGGAAUUAGAAGGAACUCCAGACACGUGGACCCAGGUUAGUGUCAUGACUUUUUAAC